UAAAGAAGAAAUGAAAAAAUCGAAUUAAGAUUGUUGUGUAAUCCAUUGGCUUAAGGAAAGUUACAAAAAGGGUUUUGUGUGUGUGUUCGUAAAUGCGGUUGUGAAUGUAAGAAAUUCGCAAACAUUAUGUGUUUGAUUUCUUAGUGAAUUGAAGUUUGCUUUCAACGUUUGCGGUGGUGUUAACGAAACAUGUCGCAGCCUGGUAAACGAGGUGGUGGACGUGGUGGCACUGGUCCCAAUGCAGGUGUGGGUCGUAAAACUCCAUCUUCGAUUACCAGCGGAGCGACUAGCAACACUCCUGAUGAAUCGGUUGCACCCAGCGAUCGGGCUACACCCGCCAGCAAAGCAGAUUCCGAUCCCAAAGACGAUAGCUCUAGCAAUGGCGAUCGUAAAGAAGUUGACGGUGCCACCACACCGAAACCUCCAAGUGCUGGUGCGUCCAUACGAGACACGGCAAACAAAAUUUUGGCCUUAUCCGUCAAGAGUGAGUGGACACCGUGCGAACAAGAGCUCAAGAAAUUGGAGAAAUAUGUAGCCAAUGUUGGUGAAGACGGCAAUACCACCCCUUUGGCUGGUGUUCACGAUGCCAAUACUGGGAUGACUCCAUUAAUGUUUGCAACAAAGGAUAAUAAGACGUCUAUAAUGGAUCGUAUGAUUGAAUUAGGAGCUGAUGUUGGUGCACGGAAUAAUGACAACUAUAAUGUGUUGCAUAUAGCAGCGAUGUAUUCGCGUGAGGAUGUCGUAAAACUGUUGCUAAACAAACAUGGCGUUGAUCCCUUCUCGACGGGUGGGUCUAGAGCACAAACUGCUGUCCAUUUAGUAUCAAGUCGUCAAACUGGUACAGCUACCAAUAUACUGAGAGCUUUACUAGCAGCAGCCGGCAAAGAUAUACGCAUCAAAGCAGACGGAAGAGGUAAAAUUCCUCUGCUACUUGCUGUCGAAUCGGGAAAUCAGUCCAUGUGCAGAGAAUUAUUGUCCGCACAAACGGCUGAACAACUGAAGGCGACAGCGGCUAAUGGUGAUACGGCCUUACAUUUGGCCGCAAGACGACGGGAUGUGGAUAUGGUCCGCAUUCUGGUGGAUUACGGUACAAAUGUGGACACGCAAAAUGGUGAAGGACAAACGGCGCUACAUAUAGCAGCGGCCGAAGGGGAUGAAGCUUUGCUCAAGUAUUUCUAUGGUGUAAGGGCCUCAGCAUCCAUAGCCGAUAAUCAAGAUCGCACCCCGAUGCACUUGGCUGCUGAGAAUGGUCAUGCUCAUGUCAUUGAAAUUUUAGCUGAUAAGUUUAAAGCCAGUAUUUUUGAGCGUACCAAAGAUGGCAGUACCCUAAUGCAUAUUGCUUCGCUAAAUGGUCAUGCCGAAUGUGCAACAAUGCUUUUUAAGAAGGGUGUCUACCUUCAUAUGCCAAAUAAGAACGGUGCCCGAAGUAUUCAUACAGCUGCGGCUUACGGUCAUACGGGUAUAAUCAACACUUUAUUGCAAAAGGGCGAAAAAGUAGAUGUGAAAACUAAUGAUAACUAUACAGCAUUGCAUAUAGCUGUUGAGUCAGCAAAGCCGGCUGUUGUUGAAACUCUGCUUGGUUUCGGAGCUGAUGUCCAUGUCCGAGGUGGGAAAAUGAAUGAAACACCGUUACAUAUAGCCGCAAGGGUUAAGGAUGGCGAUCGGUGCGCCUUAAUGCUCCUUAAGUCCGGCGCUAGUCCCAAUUUAACUACCGAUGAUGGCCUGACGCCGGUGCAUGUAGCAGCCCGUCAUGGUAAUCUGGCAACGCUGAUGCAACUUCUCGAAGAUGGUGGCGAUCCGCUCUACAAGUCCAAUACUGGCGAGACUCCUUUACAUAUGGCCUGCCGUUCUUGUCACCCUGAAAUAGUCAAACAUUUGAUAGAAACAGUUAAAGAAAAGCACGGUCCCGACAAAGCCACUAGUUAUAUUAAUACUGUAAAUGAUGACGGUGCUACUGCCUUACAUUUCACUUGCCAAAUUACUAAAGAGGAAGUCAAAAUUCCCGAAUCGGACAAGGAAAUUGUUCGAAUGUUGUUAAAAAACGGUGCCGACGUGACUUUAUCAACAAAAAAUGCCCUCGAAACUGUAUUUCACUAUUGCGCUAUGGCUGGAAACAAUGACGUUCUUAUGGAAAUGAUAUCUCACAUGAAUCCUACGGAUAUUCAGAAAGCCAUGAAUCGUCAGUCAUCGGUCGGCUGGACGCCAUUACUGAUUGCUUGUCAUAGAGGGCAUAUGGAGCUGGUCAACAACCUUUUAGCGAAUCAUGCCAGAGUAGAUGUAUUCGAUACUGAAGGUCGCUCUGCACUGCAUUUGGCCGCGGAACGAGGGUAUCUGCACGUAUGCGAUGCGCUGCUAACCAACAAGGCGUUCAUCAAUUCUAAAUCACGCGUCGGUCGCACGGCGUUGCAUCUGGCCGCGAUGAAUGGCUUCACACAUCUAGUGAAGUUUCUCAUCAAGGAUCAUAAUGCAGUUAUUGACAUAUUGACGUUACGAAAACAAACGCCACUCCAUCUAGCUGCAGCUAGCGGACAGAUGGAGGUAUGUCAGCUUUUGCUUGAUUUGGGGGCUGACAUAGACGCGACCGACGAUAUGGGCCAAAAACCCAUACAUGUCGCCGCGCAGAACAACUACUCUGAAGUGGCCAAACUAUUCCUGCAGCAGCAUCCGUCGCUGGUCAAUGCAACCAGUAAGGACGGCAAUACUUGUGCUCACAUCGCCGCCAUGCAAGGAUCGGUAAAGGUGAUUGAGGAACUUAUGAAAUUCGAUCGUUCUGGCGUGAUCUCUGCUAGAAAUAAAUUGACUGACGCUACACCAUUGCAAUUGGCCGCCGAGGGUGGUCACGCGGACGUAGUUAAGGCCCUGGUCAGAGCUGGGGCGUCUUGCACGGAAGAGAAUAAAGCAGGCUUCACGGCCGUACAUUUGGCAGCGCAAAACGGCCAUGGCCAAGUAUUGGACGUAUUAAAGAGUACAAAUUCUUUGAGAAUCACCAGCAAGAAAUUGGGACUGACACCGUUGCAUGUGGCAGCCUACUAUGGACAAGCUGACACAGUGCGUGAAUUGUUAACAAGUGUACCGGCAACGGUAAAGUCGGAAACACCCACCGGGCAGAGUUUAUUUGGCGAAUUAGGCACAGAAUCAGGCAUGACACCUCUCCAUUUAGCGGCGUUUUCGGGAAAUGAAAAUGUCGUGAGGCUAUUGCUGAAUUCGGCUGGUGUACAAGUCGAUGCGUCUACAACGGAAAAUGGUUACAAUCCUCUCCAUUUGGCUUGUUUCGGUGGUCACAUGUCAGUGGUUGGUUUGCUCCUGAGCCGCUCAGCAGAACUUCUCCAAUCGACAGAUCGUCAUGGCAGAACGGGCCUGCAUAUCGCAUCUAUGCAUGGUCAUUUUCAAAUGGUCGAGAUUUUGUUGGGUCAAGGCGCAGAGAUAAAUGCAACCGAUAAAAACGGUUGGACGCCACUACAUUGUGCUGCCAAAACCGGCCACUUGGAUGUGGUUAAGCUGUUGUGUGAAGCUGGUGCCUCACCUAAAUCAGAAACCAACUUCGGUUGUGCUCCUAUAUGGUUUGCUGCUUCCGAAGGCCAUAACGAUGUUCUGCGUUAUCUCAUGAACAAAGAGCACGAUACUUAUGGUUUAAUGGAAGACAAACGCUUUGUAUAUAAUUUAAUGAUAGUAUCAAAAAAUCACAAUAACAAACCGAUACAAGAGUUUGUGUUAGUUUCUCCUGCCCCCGUUGACACCGCUGCAAAAUUAUCCAAUAUUUAUAUAAAUUUGUCUACUAAGGAAAAAGAACGUGCUAAGGAUUUGGUAGCAGCGGGUAAACAAUGCGAGGCAAUGGCUACUGAACUUUUAGCUUUAGCAGCUGGUUCCGAAUCGGCGGGAAAGAUUUUGCAAGCUACCGACAAGCGCAACAUGGAAUUUCUAGAUGUUCUGAUAGAAAACGAGCAGAAAGAAGUUAUUGCUCAUACAGUGGUCCAGCGUUACCUGCAGGAACUUUGGCGCGGCUCCUUAACUUGGGCUUCGUGGAAACUAAUGCUGUUAUUAGUAGCUUUCAUUGUUUGUCCUCCUGUCUGGAUUGGUUUUACUUUUCCCAUGGGUCAUAAAUUUAAUAAAGUGCCGAUUAUAAAAUUCAUGUCUUACCUAACUUCACAUAUAUAUUUAAUGAUUUUAUUGAGUAUCGUCGGCAUUACACCUAUUUAUCCCGUGCUGAGGCUUAACUUAAUUCCCUAUUGGUAUGAAAUAGGACUGCUUAUAUGGUUAAGUGGCCUCCUUUUGUUUGAGUUGACUAAUCCGUCCGACAAAUCGGGGUUAGGAUCAAUCAAAUUACUCGUUUUACUGUUGGGAAUGGCAGGUGUGGGUGUACAUGUAACGGCGUUCUGUUUUGUGUCCAAAGAAUACUGGCCUACGCUUAUUUAUUGUCGCAAUCAAUGCUUUGCUUUAGCUUUUCUGCUUGCAUGUGUACAAAUUUUGGACUUCCUCUCCUUUCAUCACCUUUUCGGGCCAUGGGCUAUAAUUAUUGGAGAUUUGCUUAAAGACUUGGCACGCUUUCUGGCAGUUUUGGCCAUUUUUGUAUUCGGAUUUUCAAUGCAUAUCGUCGCAUUGAAUCAAUCAUUUUCUAACUUCACACCCGAAGAUUUGCGUUCAUUCGAAAAAAGGAAUCGCAAUCGAGGUUAUUUCAGUGACGAUGAUUUGCCUACGGCUCGUCCUCCGCCUCCACCCGAAAGCUAUAAGGACAGCCGCCAUAUGUUGAGUGAAUUUCGUCGCAAGCAUAAAGACGAUCUGCGCAUGCAUCCUAUAAAUUCAUUUGAGCUAUUAUUCUUCGCAGUAUUCGGUCAAACGACGACCGAACAAACGCAAGUUGACAAAAUUAAAAAUUUAGCUACGCCCACCCAGCCUUACUGGGUUGAGUAUCUUUUCAAGAUAGUCUUUGGCAUCUACAUGUUGGUAUCGGUGGUGGUGCUUAUCAAUUUACUAAUUGCCAUGAUGUCCGACACUUAUCAACGCAUACAGGCACAAUCUGAUAUUGAGUGGAAAUUCGGUUUAUCAAAGCUCAUCCGUAACAUGCAUCGCACUACAACAGCGCCGUCGCCGCUUAAUUUAGUUACCACCUGGUUUAUGUGGAUCGUUGAGAAGGUCAAGGCUCGCAUCAAGAAAAAGAAGCGUCCAAGUCUGGUACAGAUGAUGGGAAUACGACAAGCCAGCCCGCGUACCAAAGCUGGAGCCAAAUGGCUUUCAAAAAUCAAAAAAGAUUCAACGGCUCUAUCCGUGGUUCAUCUUUCACCUCUAGGAUCGCAGACCAGCUUUUCCGCAGCUAAUCAAAAUCGCAUUGAAAAUGUUACGGACUGGGAAGCUAUUGCCAAAAAGUAUCGCGCUCUUAUGGGUGAUGAAGAAUCUAAUUCUAUCAAGGAUUCAGAUGCCGAGAGCAGCUCAAUCGAAGGUGGCACCGCACCAGCUGCCCCACCCGCUCAGGUUGGCAAUAAUAUCACAUUAGAACCAAAUGUUUGAACAUCCAUUCUAGUCUAUCGAUUAGCAAUAAAAUCAUCAUUAUUGUAGCCGUCAUUGCCAUUAUAUUACUAUUAACCUAUGCUAAGAACUUUAUAAGAAUCGAUAAUCGUAUUACAGGUCUAAACAUGAACUUCCCGGGAGAUACUUGUUAUUUUGUUUAUUAAAGAUUUAUUAUGUAUACAUUUGUACAGUUUAUAGACAUUAAGUAGACUCAAGUUUCAUUGUUAGCGAUAAUGAAUGCAAAAAUUUAGUUAAGUUAAAAACUGAAUGUUUCGUAUCGUAAUUUUUAAGAGCAUGUAACAUUAUUGUGUACUAUAUGUCAUGUUAUAUUUGUAUGUAGAUUAGUUUAGUGACAAAAA